AUGGACUAUACAGAGGAACAAACUAAUUUGGAAAACUGGAUGUCAACUUUACCUGUGCAGCUAUGGGACGUUCCCCUAACGAACCUCGCCAUACCAGGGAGUCAUGAUGCGAUGAGCUACUGCUUAGACAUUAACUCUCCGCUGGUCAGGUCAGAGUCAGACACUUUCAGACUGCUGGACAGUGUUUUCUACUGCUUCACAAGACCAGCCAUCUUCAGAUGGGCCACCACACAGCAAAAGGGGAUCUUGGACCAACUUGCGGCCGGCAUUAGAUAUUUUGACCUCCGCAUCGCCCGAAAGCAACACGAUACCUCAGACGAUCUUUACUUCACUCAUGUCAUUUAUACAUACGUAACUGUAGCGGAGACUCUUCAGGCUGUGGUCACGUGGCUAGAGGCGCAUCCGAACGAGGUGGUCAUCCUGGCCUGUAGUCAUUUUGAAGGCCUUGACGACGGACUCCAUGAGAAAUUCAUUUACACUCUGAAAAAAAUCUUCGGCUCUAAACUGUGUCCUCGCAAUGAGGUUCUGACUCUGAGGAGGCUGUGGGCGUCUGGGUAUCAGGUGAUUCUGUCUUACGACGGCCAGACGGCGUCACGUCAUAAGGAGCUGUGGCCAGCCAUCCCAUACUGGUGGGCCAACAGCGAUUCAGCCAGUGGGCUACUGGAAUACCUGGAGUGGAAGAAAGAACUGGGCCGCCCAGAUGGGUUCUUUGUGACGGGACUGAACUUAACCGCAGACAGGAGGUUCAUCACAACGCACCCGCGGGAAUCGCUUCACAGUCUCACCGUGAAGAACUGGGAGCGUGUGCGGAGGUGGCUACAAAACCAAACUGCUGGUUCUGACGCAAACUGCCUCAAUAUCAUAGCAGGAGACUUCAUUGGACCUCUGCCACUUUGUCCAACUGUCAUUUCUCUUAACAAGAAACUGCACAUUACAACAGGUCACUGA